UUUUGUAAAUUGUAUUUCGGCGUGCGCCGCUUUUAUUCCACGUUCCUAUUUCACUUGUUUCAAAUAUUCCAUUUCUCAAACGAUCAAAACAAUUACAAACUCACCAAUUGAACCAUCGCGCUUAAUUGCUUUUUUGUUUUAUUUUACAGCUUUUCGAUCCUCUUUAUUUCGAAACGGUAAACACAGUGCUGUGCUGUUUUAUGUGUCGCAUGCUGCCACUUAUGUUUCCAUGGGAACCACCAUGAUUUGCUGUCUGAUUGUAUUUUUUUUUUUCAAGUUACUGAUUUUGUUUUUAUUUUGAUGUACCAUGUGGCUAACCACGUGCGCUUGCGCAUUCACGUGACCAGCGACGCCAGGCGCAACAUGUAAGUUUAAAUUUAGAAGCCGUUACGCACACCAAUGGGGGAAGCUGCCCUAGGAAAUUGUAUCAAAACGUGGUCCCGCUCGGCGAUCAAGUUCAAAUAUUAUUCUCGAUCUCUUAUUAUGAUCUCUCCCGCACACACACAUUUUCCGGACGCUCCACGGAACCAUCUGGGAAAGCUUUCGAAGGAAGAAAAAUCUGUCAAAAAUUUUCACACUCACACACGUUUAAGUGGAUUUUUCUGUGCGAAAAUUCCGUGUCGUGAUCUUAAACUCCCUUGGUCGGGCUCGAAAAAUCGAUUUCAAAGGCUUCGUUUGGGUUCGCGACCUCCGGCAGCCGAUUCAGCUAGUUCGCAGCGAUGGAUAUUUCCAGUGACGUGUGGAAUCAGGUGGCCCUCGAGGCCUCCCAGCUCUAUUUCACCGAGGACGGCAAGAGCCCAUUCGCCAACACGACCAUCGAGAAGCUCCCGGACAAGGUGGUGCUGCAUAUAUUCUCCUACUUGAGCCACCUCGAAAUAUGUCGCAUGGCGAUGAUCUGUCGCCGCUGGCGUACGAUCGCUUAUGACAGCAAGCUGUGGAAGAACGUAUCGCUGCGGCCGGAAAUCUCUGGGCUGCACGUCAACUCGCUGGAGCAGCUGCUGCACAUGAUCUCGGUGCGCUUUGCGGCCUCGCUGCGGUACAUCGAGCUGCCGAUCGAGCUGAUCACCCACACGGUGCUGCACGAGCUGGCCAGCAAGUGUCCCAACCUGACGCACAUGCUGCUGGAUUUCUCCACCGCUAUGCAGCUGCACGAUUUCAGCGAAAUGCAGGCUUUCCCGGCGAAACUGCGCUACAUGUGCAUCUGCCUGUCGGAGGUCAUCUUCAUGGAGGGUUUCAUGCGCAAAAUUUAUAACUUCAUCAAUGGCCUGGAGGUGCUGCAUCUGAUCGGAACGUACGAGAAGUGCGAGGAAGAGGAGGAGGAAAUCUACGAGGUCAUCAACGUGCACAAGAUGAAAUCGGCGACCCCGAACCUGCGCGUCAUCAACCUGUACGGUAUCAACUUCAUCGACGAUUCCCACAUCGAUGCGUUCAGCUCUAACUGCAUCCAGCUGGAGUGUUUGGCCGUGAAUUACUGCAACAAGGUCACCGGAUCAACCCUGAAGGCGCUGUUGGCCCGUUCGAAGCACCUCAAAUGUCUGUUGAUGAACGGAACGGCCCUGAAGUCCGAAUUUGUCAUGCAGGCCGAAUGGGACAAGUGCUCGGUCCAGGAACUGGACAUUUCCGGUACCGAUCUGACAUCCGAAUGUCUGAUUGAUCUGUUGACGCGUAUUCCUAUGUUGCGUUUCCUGAGUGCUGGUCAGAUCAACGGCUUUAACGAUUCGGUACUGAAGGCGUGGGCUGAGGGAGGCAGUCCCAAAAACCUUAUUGCCCUGGAUCUGGAUUCGUCGGAUAACAUUUCCGAUGAAGCCCUCAGUCGAUUCAUCACCCGUUAUGGAGCCCAAUUGCAGGCCUGUGUCCUGUCCGGUAUGACCCACAUCACCGAUCAGCUGUGGAUGACGAUCUUGCCGGUGCUGGUAAAUGUGAAGAUUGUCGUCAUGGGUACCACCGAGCGGUUGAGUGUCAAUAUCCACGUUGACCAGCUGAUGGAUACCAUCGGUUCGAGCUGCCCAACCCUGGAACGUCUGGAGUUGCGCUGGGAUCCAGAAAAUCUGCGCUUCUCCGACAAAAGCCAAAAGGCCAUCGAUAUGCUGCGCGUCAAGUGCCCGAAGUUGCGUUGUCUGGUGUUGAGUGACGGCCGUUACUACGAAACGGUGAAGGCCAACUUCGAGCGUGCUGAUCGGUUGACCGUGGUGAGAACCACUACAAGUUGUCGCGUGUCGGCCUACUAUGCACUCAGCAACUACAACGAUCUGAUUUUCAACUAAAACGGAGCUAACAAUCGAUGCAAUGUUAACUACGAUCCAUUACCAUCUUGCUAAUAGUUAGCCGUGUUUGUGACUUAGGGGAAAAUUCUUUCAAAUUAACAAACAGAAACUUCAAGAAGGAGGUAUAUUUAUUUUCAAUGUUGAUUACAGUUAAUAAACGACGGAAUGUUUGUAUUACGAA